GGCCUGCCAGUGAAAAGAAACGCAGUGAAUUCAGUGGUUGUGUUUCUUGGAAGAAAUUAUUAGUAAUAAUAGUACUUACAUAUUCAGUGGUGGAUUUGAACAGGCUGGUAUUGAAAGUGGAUUUAGGGCGAACCAAUACUUUCGUUUUUUGUUGGAGGAGGUCUUGAGACAGAAGCUUCACUUGGAUGCCCACAGUAGAGUUGGCCCACAUUUCAACAUGAAUAGAAAUAAGCGUGAAAAAGAGUACUACAGUUUAGAUGUCGGGGAUUCAACAUUCACAGUCCUUAAGCGAUAUCAGAACCUACGGCCCAUUGGCUCUGGAGCCCAGGGAAUCGUCUGCUCGGCGUAUGAUCACAACCUCGAACGAAAUGUUGCGAUCAAGAAACUCAGCCGGCCUUUCCAGAAUCAAACCCAUGCCAAAAGAGCUUACAGAGAGCUGGUGCUCAUGAAAUGUGUCAACCACAAAAAUAUUAUUGGCUUAUUAAAUGUAUUCACCCCACAGAAAACACUUGAAGAAUUCCAAGAUGUGUACCUUGUGAUGGAGCUGAUGGACGCUAACCUGUGCCAGGUUAUUCAGAUGGAGCUGGACCACGAGCGGCUCUCCUACCUGCUGUACCAGAUGUUGUGUGGCAUUAAGCACCUGCACGCGGCCGGGAUCAUCCACAGGGAUUUGAAGCCCAGUAACAUUGUAGUGAAGUCAGACUGCACACUGAAGAUCCUGGACUUCGGGUUGGCAAGGACAGCGGCCACCGGUCUGCUGAUGACUCCGUACGUGGUGACGCGUUACUACAGAGCUCCAGAGGUCAUCCUGGGGAUGGGUUACCAAGCCAACGUUGAUGUCUGGUCAAUUGGCUGCAUCAUGGCAGAAAUGGUGAGAGGUAGUGUGUUGUUUCCUGGCACAGAUCAUAUUGAUCAGUGGAAUAAAGUUAUAGAGCAGUUAGGAACCCCGUCGCAGGAGUUCCUGAUGAAGCUCAACCAGUCGGUCAGGACCUACGUGGAGAACCGGCCCAGGUAUGCCGGGUACAGCUUCGAGAAGCUCUUCCCCGACGUCCUCUUCCCGGCCGACUCUGAACACAACAAACUGAAAGCGAGUCAGGCGAGAGACCUGCUGUCCAAAAUGCUGGUAAUAGACGCGUCCAAGCGGAUCUCAGUGGACGAGGCCCUGCAGCACUCCUACAUCAACGUGUGGUAUGACCCAGCGGAGGUGGAAGCACCUCCGCCCAUGAUCACGGACAAGCAGCUGGACGAGAGGGAGCACACGGUGGAGGAGUGGAAAGAGUUGAUAUACAAGGAGGUCCUAGACUGGGAAGAGAGGAUGAAGAAUGGGGUGAUCAGAGGACAGCCAGCCUCUUUAGGUGCAGCAGUAAUCAACGGCUCCCAGCAUCCGUCGUCGUCCUCAUCUGUCAACGACGUGUCGUCCAUGUCCACCGACCCGACCCUGGCUUCCGACACAGACAGCAGUUUAGAGACCUCAGCAGGACCCCUGGGCUGCUGCAGAUGACUAUCAACCCGUCUCGGCCCUACUGUUUGUGUUCGAUGGUAUAGAAUCUAGGCCAGUUUUUUUGUUUGUUUUUUUGUUUUUUGUUUAUUUUGUUUUUUAAAUGCGUCAGUUUCUUUUGGUUUUUUAGUUUUUCCCCUGAAUGCUCAUUGGUUUUAGCCUGUAAAAUAUUGUGGAAUAUCUUCUUCUUUUUUCCUUUUUUUUUUCCAUCUGGAAAGAAGUUAAGAACGGUGAAAUGUUUUUUUAACACUAAGGUAUCCAGCUAGCAAGCGACUGUGAGCAUUUUUGAGUGCUCUCACAAGCUGAUUUUGUUUUGGUUACUGCUCUACCAAUUUGCCAUGUUGUAGAGUGAUUGACAUAAUUUGUAAAGAUUUUUUGGUAAAUAUAUUUUUAAAUAUUUUAUUUUUCAUUUGGGUGUGCGGUGAGCCAUUUUUAAGUGAAGUUAAGUAUGUGUCAUUUUAGUAUUCUCAAUUAUCUGCUCCAAAAGUCAAAGAAGCAGUUUUAUUUCUGUUAUGGUCACAAAGUGUAUACUGUAUGGAACAUUUACAUCCAUUUGGUAGAUUUUAAAUAUGUUUGGCAAACAUUUGUUAAGAAUUAACUUUCUGUUUUUGCUUUACUGCUUCCUUGUAAAGUUUUCAGGUUAAGACAACUAUUUUUUUUACUCAUUUUAGUUGUCUUAAAAGAAUAUUUAUUGAGAUUUUUAAAACUAUUGGUUGGCCCUCAGGCAACUUAAUUGCUAGACUCCUACUUUUUUUGCUGUUAAAUGUUUUAAUGACACAUUUUUCAAAUCUCAUUGGAUUCUUUGGUUCAUAAUUUUUGGCUAAAAUUUACAAGUGUAUUGAAAGGUAACAAAAAGCCUUCAGAAAAAAAGUUUAAAUUUGGCUUCGAGCUUAAUGUGCUGCUUACUUUUCCUGCAUUGGUUAGCAUCAUGGUUAUUUUCUGUGGAUAGAUAUUGCAUUCAAAAUGGAGGGAACUUAUUCCCAACCAGACAACACAGUGAAGCUGAAAAUGAAUUUUGUGUCACUAAUUGGAACUGUUUAUGUGUGAAACUGGGCAAAGCAUUGACAAAGUGUGGAUUUUUUAAAGAAAUAUUUUUCUUCCAAACUUCAUUAGUGAUCAAAUUUAAACAAGGGCCAAGAAAGUCAAAGGACUUUGGAGAUAUUGCAGUGCCUAGUGAUAAGAACAAAAUACAGGUACAUUUUCUGCAUGCUGCCAGUUUACAGUGUUACAAAUAGCAAUCCUGUUUAGAAAUCCCAUUUUAAAAGACAUUUUCCUGGAAGUGUGGUUCUAAUAGUAUCUUACAAUGCUUAUUUAGUGUGUGUUCUUCCAUAAUUAGUAUUUCCUGUGUCAACUUGCGGUAUGUUUACAUUUUUUGAUGAGCAUUUUUGCUCUCCCGAUUCAUACAAAAUGAAAAUGAACAAAAGAAAAUGGAAUCCUGACAGUAAAACCAGUUGGAAUGCAGGAUGUAUAGACGCAUGUGUGCACUGUAAAUGUAUUUAAUUUGCCCUCCGCUGACAACAUACAAGGAAUAGAAGCACCAGUUUAGAAAAAUCAAAACAAAGCAUUAAAAUUGUAUGCAAUAAAUGGCAUAAGUUUUAUUUUAGUUAUAAAAGGAAAAGUGCCUGUAGUUGUCAUGCAUUCAUUCCUGUACAAGAUGUACUAGAAGAAAAGGAUUUGAUGUUUCCGAGGUACAUGGUGUGUGUGAAAAGUAUAGUACUAGUGUUUCCGCAAUAUUCAAUCAGAUCUGAGGUGGUUCUUGUCACAAGUGAAGUAUCUAUUUUUCUACGGCAUUGGUUUUAAGUUGGAAGUGGCAGUCUCCCGAAAGGACAAAGUAAGUUUAAAAAAUGGAAACGAGUUAUAGCACAUGUUUAUGCUGAGGGCAGUUUUAUCAAGGUUUUUCAUCAAAGUGAUUUUUUUAACAACAAGUGAUCAUUAAAUAUGGUUUUCAGCUUUAUAUUGUUCCAAUUUAAAUGUACUGUUACUGUCAACAGUACUUCUUAGUACCUUGAUGGAAUUCCGCGCUCUUAUUUUAGCAGUUUGAUACAGCUGCGGGUUAGAAAAGCAGAACCGGUCUUGUCAGAAAGAAUGUUAACCCCUUUUGGAGCACAGUGUUGUAGAAUGUAAAGCGAUGUGUAACUGAGCAUAUGGGAAAGUGAGGAAGUGGUGGAGAAUGUCCAGAAAAUUGAAACGUCUACAUUACGCUAGCCCACGCAAGGCAUCCAUUGUCCAAGUAGUUGACUCAGUACAUUAGAUGAUUCCUUUUAAAUAUGUAUUUUUUACUAUUAUUUGUUUUAAGUGCUCUUAAUUUUGGGAUUUUCUUUUGGUCUGUCCUUAUCCCACUACAGGAGACAUGGUAUUUUAGGGUAGCUUUUCUCAUGCUUUUACUGUUGCGCAUCUUUCAAAAUACAAAAUAAUCCCAAUUAAAGUAGGCUUUGAUGAACUACCUCACACUAAAUUUCUUGGUUACUUAGCUGCCCACAUUAGGUGUAGAAAUGUGAAUACAAAUUUUCAUUAUUUAUUUAUUUGAACGUGUACAAUUGUCAAUGUUAGGAGACUUCUAGUAUUGUAUGUAAUGUAUACUUCACCUAGAAGUAAAGAAAAAAAUGUUCAUGUAUAUUUUUCUUUUUUUCUUUUGUUCGAUUUUUUUUUUUUUUUUUUUUUUUUUUUUUUAAACAGUUCAUGUGCAAUACCUUCUGCAAAUUGUGCAAGUAGUAAGUGGUGGAUAUAGCCAUGUAGAUGUAUGUUUUCUGAAGGUAGAAUAAUAAUGUUUGGUACUGUCGAUCCAUGUUUUCCUUUUUAUAAAUUAGAACGAUUCUCUGUGACUUGAUAUAGUCAUGAUUUAAUGUAAUCAAGCCUUGCCAGUCCUUAAUAUCUGUGCCCAGAAGACAGUGUGAGGGGAUCAUAUGCAUGGCCAGAUAUAUUUCGAUCUUUAGAUGGUAAGGCCAAAUAAGUAAUACAGAAAAUAUGUAAAUGCCUAAAACAAGCUCAUGUAACUAUGGUGCUGGUUUGUAAUGUUUGCUUGUAAGGCCAGCCAUGCAGGUUAAGAAUUCCUUGUUCUGGGUAUUCUCUACCACAGACUAUGAAAAGUGCACUAUUGGAAUGUAUGCACUGGGAUUCAAUAAUGCCAAUUAAAAAAACAAAAACAAAAAAAAACAUGUAAUGCAAAUAAACAAUUGAAUUUGA